GGAAGGAGGGGCGCAGUCUCGGCGCUGGCCCUCGCUAGCGAUCUGGUGGCGGGCGUCUGGUUUCCAAUUCCAUCCUCUCGCUGGGCUGGAGCUGGACUAGCUUGGGUGCCAGCGGCUUGUGGCAGGCGCCUGCAGAGCAACAGGAGCCCAAAGAAAGAGGGAGAAGCGGCAGCAGAGAGAACGCCGCGGGGAGAGAGAGCAGGAUCGAGGAAGGGGUCCCUGAAGCCCGCACCCUCCUCACAGGCCAGAUUGUGCGGGUGCACUGGAUGGGCAUCCUAGGCGGGCAAGGUUGCAAGCCUCUUAUGUAAGGAGCUGAAGGGGAAAUAAAAUAUACAGGAUGAAAAGAUGGCAACGUUGCCUCCCCCAGGACCUCAGAGUUUUGUCUACUUCACAAGACAGUCUCUUGCCCUCAUUGAACAACGUAUUGCUGAAGGAAAAACAAAGGAACCCAAAGAAGAAAAGAAAGAUGAUGAUGAAGAAGGCCCAAGGCCAAGCAGUGACCUGGAAGCUGGCAAACAGCUGCCCUUCAUCUACGGGGACAUCCCACCAGGCAUGGUGUCAGAGCCCCUGGAGGACCUCGACCCCUACUAUGCAGACAAAAAGACUUUCAUAGUGUUGAACAAAGGGAAAGCAAUCUUCCGUUUCAAUGCCACACCUGCUUUGUACAUGCUGUCUCCUUUCAGUCCCCUAAGAAGAAUAUCAAUUAAGAUUUUAGUACACUCUUUAUUCAGCAUGCUCAUCAUGUGCACUAUUCUGACGAACUGCAUAUUUAUGACCAUGAGUAACCCUCCAGACUGGACCAAGAAUGUAGAGUACACUUUUACUGGAAUAUAUACUUUUGAAUCACUUGUAAAAAUCCUUGCAAGAGGCUUCUGUGUAGGAGAAUUCACUUUCCUUCGUGACCCAUGGAACUGGCUUGAUUUUGUCGUCAUUGUUUUUGCGUAUUUAACAGAAUUUGUAAACCUAGGCAAUGUUUCAGCUCUUCGAACUUUCAGAGUGUUGAGAGCUUUGAAAACUAUUUCUGUAAUUCCAGGCCUGAAGACCAUUGUGGGAGCUCUGAUCCAGUCUGUGAAGAAGCUCUCUGACGUCAUGAUCCUGACCGUGUUCUGUCUGAGCGUGUUUGCACUGAUUGGGCUGCAGCUGUUCAUGGGCAACCUGAAGCAUAAAUGUCUGCGGGAUCCGCUGGAAAAUAAUGAAACAUUAGCAAGCAUCCUGGAUACCCUUGAAGAAGAAGACUAUAAAAAAUAUUUUUAUUACUUGGAGGGAUCCAAAGAUGCUCUCCUUUGUGGUACAAGCACAGAUUCAGGUCAGUGUCCAGAAGGGUACAAGUGUGUGAAAGCUGGUAGAAACCCUGAUUAUGGCUACACAAGCUUUGACACUUUCAGUUGGGCCUUCUUGGCCUUAUUUCGGCUAAUGACCCAGGAUUACUGGGAAAAUCUUUACCAACAGACACUGCGUGCUGCUGGGAAAACUUACAUGAUCUUCUUUGUUGUGGUGAUUUUUCUGGGAUCCUUUUAUCUAAUAAACUUGAUCCUUGCUGUGGUUGCCAUGGCCUAUGAGGAACAGAACCAGGCAAACAUCGAAGAAGCGAGGCAAAAGGAGUUAGAAUUUCAACAGAUGUUAGAUCGUCUUAAAAAAGAGCAAGAAGAAGCUGAGGCAAUCGCAAUGGCAGCAGCUGAGUACACAAGUAUUGGGAGAAGCAGAAUUAUGGGCUUCUCUGAGAGUUCUUCUGAAACAUCCAAACUGAGCUCUAAAAGUGCUAAAGAAAGAAGAAACAGAAGAAGGAAAAAGAACCAAAAGAAGCUCGCCAAUGGGGAAGAAAAGGGAGACAAUGAGAAAUUGUCCAAAUCAGAGUCUGAGGAGAGUAUCAGGAGAAAAAGUUUCCACCUUGGGGUUGAAGGUCAUAGGCGAGCACGUGAAAAGAGACUGUCUACCCCUAAUCAGUCACCACUCAGCAUCCGAGGCUCCUUGUUUUCUGCAAGGCGCAGCAGCAGAACGAGUCUUUUUAGUUUCAAAGGCCGAGGGAAAGACAUUGGAUCUGAGACUGAGUUUGCCGACGAUGAGCAUAGCAUUUUCGGGGAUAGUGAGAGCAGGAGGGGCUCACUGUUUGUGCCCCACAGACCCCGGGAGCGGCGCAGCAGUAACAUCAGCCAAGCCAGUAGGUCCCCCCCAGUGCUGCCAGUGAAUGGGAAGAUGCACAGUGCCGUGGACUGCAAUGGUGUGGUCUCCCUGGUUGAUGGACCCUCAGCCCUCAUGCUCCCCAAUGGACAGCUUCUGCCAGAGGUGAUAAUAGAUAAGGCAACUUCUGAUGACAGCGGUACAACUAAUCAAAUACAUAAGAAAAGACGUUCCAGUUCUUAUCUCCUUUCUGAAGAUAUGUUGAAUGAUCCCCAUCUAAGACAAAGAGCAAUGAGUAGAGUAAGCAUAUUAACAAACACUGUAGAAGAACUUGAAGAAUCCAGACAGAAAUGUCCACCUUGGUGGUACAGAUUUGCACACACAUUCUUGAUCUGGAAUUGUUCUCCAUAUUGGAUAAAAUUCAAAAAGCUUGUCUAUUUUAUUGUAAUGGAUCCUUUUGUAGAUCUUGCUAUUACCAUUUGCAUAGUUUUAAACACAUUGUUUAUGGCUAUGGAGCAUCACCCCAUGACUGAUGAAUUCAAAAAUGUACUCACUGUAGGAAAUUUGGUCUUCACUGGGAUCUUUGCAGCUGAAAUGGUUUUAAAACUUAUUGCCAUGGAUCCAUAUGAGUAUUUCCAAGUAGGAUGGAAUAUUUUUGACAGCCUUAUUGUGACUUUAAGUUUAGUAGAGCUUUUUCUAGCAGAUGUGGAAGGACUGUCAGUUCUGCGAUCAUUCAGACUGCUUCGAGUGUUCAAACUGGCAAAGUCUUGGCCAACACUGAAUAUGCUGAUAAAGAUCAUUGGCAACUCAGUGGGUGCUCUGGGUAACCUCACCUUGGUGUUGGCCAUCAUCGUCUUCAUUUUUGCUGUGGUUGGCAUGCAGCUCUUUGGUAAAAGCUACAAAGAAUGUGUCUGCAAGAUCAAUGAAGACUGUACACUCCCACGCUGGCACAUGAAUGAUUUCUUCCACUCCUUCCUGAUUGUCUUCCGCGUGCUGUGUGGAGAGUGGAUAGAAACCAUGUGGGACUGUAUGGAGGUCGCUGGUCAAGCCAUGUGCCUUAUAGUUUACAUGAUGGUCAUGGUCAUUGGAAAUCUAGUGGUCCUCAACCUAUUUCUGGCUUUAUUAUUGAGCUCAUUUAGCUCAGACAAUCUUACAGCAAUUGAAGAAGACACCGAUGCAAAUAACCUCCAGAUUGCAGUUGCCAGAAUUAGGAAGGGAGUAAAUUAUGUGAAACAAACCUUACGUGACUUUAUUCUAAAAGCAUUCUCCAAAAAGCCAAAGAUUCCCAAAGACCCAGGAAGAGCAGAAGAUCUGAAUAGUAAGAAAGAAAACUAUAUCUCUAACCGCACGCUUGCCGAAAUGAGCAAAGAUCACAAUUUCCACAAAGAAAAAGAUAAAAUCAGUGGUUUGGGAAGCAGUGUGGACAAAUACUUAAUGGAAGAAAGUGAUUGUCAAUCAUUUAUUCAUAACCCCAACCUCACAGUGACAGUGCCGAUUGCACCUGGGGAAUCUGAUUUGGAAAAUAUGAAUACUGAGGAACUCAGCAGUGAUUCAGAUAGUGAAUACAGCAAAGGGAGAUUGAACCGGUCGAGUUCCUCUGAGUGCAGCACAGUUGAUAACCCUCUGCCAGGAGAAGGAGAAGAAGCAGAGGCUGAACCUAUAAAUUCAGAUGAGCCAGAAGCCUGUUUUACAGAUGGUUGUGUGCAGAGAUUCCCAUGCUGCCAAGUUGACGUAGAGUCAGGGAAAGGAAAAAUCUGGUGGAACAUCAGGAAAACCUGCUACAGAAUAGUUGAACACAGUUGGUUUGAAAGCUUUAUUGUUCUCAUGAUCCUGCUCAGCAGUGGCGCUCUGGCUUUUGAAGAUAUAUAUAUUGAAAAGAAAAAGACCAUUAAGAUUAUCCUCGAGUAUGCUGACAAGAUAUUCACUUACAUCUUCAUUCUGGAAAUGCUUCUAAAAUGGGUAGCAUAUGGUUAUAAAACAUAUUUCACCAAUGCCUGGUGUUGGCUGGAUUUCUUAAUUGUUGAUGUUUCUUUGGUUACUUUAGUCGCAAACACUCUCGGCUACUCAGACCUUGGCCCCAUUAAAUCCCUUCGGACACUUAGAGCUUUAAGACCUCUAAGAGCUUUAUCUAGAUUUGAAGGAAUGAGGGUGGUCGUGAAUGCACUCAUAGGUGCAAUUCCUUCCAUCAUGAAUGUGCUACUUGUGUGUCUUAUAUUCUGGCUAAUAUUUAGCAUCAUGGGAGUAAAUUUGUUUGCUGGGAAGUUCUAUGAGUGUGUUAAUACCACAGAUGGGUCACGUUUUCCAACAAGUCUAGUUAAAAAUCGUUCCGACUGUUCUGCACUGAUGAACAUUAGUCAAAAUGUGCGGUGGAAAAACCUGAAGGUGAACUUUGAUAAUGUUGGACUUGGUUACCUGUCUCUGCUUCAAGUUGCAACAUUUAAGGGAUGGAUGGAUAUUAUGUAUGCAGCUGUUGAUUCUGUUAAUGUAGACAAGCAGCCCAUCUAUGAAUACAGCCUCUACAUGUAUAUUUAUUUUGUCAUCUUUAUCAUCUUUGGAUCAUUCUUCACUUUGAACUUAUUCAUUGGUGUCAUCAUAGAUAAUUUCAACCAACAGAAAAAAAAGCUUGGAGGUCAAGACAUCUUUAUGACAGAAGAACAGAAGAAAUAUUAUAAUGCGAUGAAAAAGCUGGGAUCUAAGAAACCACAAAAGCCAAUACCUCGGCCAGGGAACAAAUUCCAAGGAUGUAUAUUUGACCUAGUAACAAACCAAGUGUUUGAUAUCACCAUCAUGGUUCUUAUCUGCCUCAACAUGGUAACCAUGAUGGUAGAAAAAGAGGGACAAAGUGACUACAUGACUGAUGUUUUAUAUUGGAUAAAUGUGGUUUUUAUUAUCCUUUUCACUGGAGAAUGUGUGCUGAAACUGAUCUCCCUCAGACAUUACUACUUCACUGUAGGAUGGAACAUUUUUGAUUUUGUGGUUGUGAUUCUCUCCAUUGUAGGUAUGUUUCUGGCUGAGCUGAUAGAAAAAUACUUCGUGUCCCCUACCCUGUUCCGAGUGAUCCGUCUCGCCAGGAUUGGUCGAAUCUUGCGUCUGAUCAAAGGGGCGAAGGGGAUCCGCACGCUGCUCUUUGCUCUGAUGAUGUCCCUUCCCGCCUUGUUUAACAUUGGCCUCCUGCUCUUCCUGGUCAUGUUCAUCUACGCCAUCUUUGGAAUGUCCAACUUUGCUUAUGUUAAAAAGGAAGCUGGAAUUAAUGACAUGUUCAACUUUGAGACCUUUGGCAACAGCAUGAUCUGCCUGUUCCAAAUUACCACCUCUGCUGGCUGGGAUGGAUUGCUAGCGCCUAUUCUCAACAGUGCACCCCCUGAUUGUGACCCAAAAAAAGUUCAUCCUGGAAGUUCAGUUGAAGGAGACUGUGGUAGCCCAUCUGUUGGGAUAUUCUAUUUCGUCAGUUACAUCAUCAUAUCAUUUCUAGUUGUGGUGAACAUGUACAUCGCUGUCAUCCUGGAGAACUUCAGUGUCGCUACUGAGGAAAGUACUGAGCCCCUGAGUGAGGAUGACUUUGAGAUGUUCUAUGAGGUUUGGGAGAAGUUUGAUCCUGAUGCCACCCAGUUUAUAGAGUAUAGCAAACUCUCUGAUUUUGCAGCUGCCCUAGAUCCUCCUCUCCUCAUAGCAAAACCAAACAAAGUCCAGCUCAUUGCCAUGGACCUGCCCAUGGUCAGUGGGGACCGGAUCCAUUGUCUUGACAUCUUAUUUGCUUUUACAAAGCGUGUUCUGGGUGAAAGCGGAGAGAUGGACUCUCUACGUUCACAGAUGGAAGAAAGGUUCAUGUCAGCAAAUCCUUCCAAGGUGUCCUAUGAACCCAUAACAACUACACUAAAACGAAAACAAGAGGAUGUGUCUGCUACUGUCAUUCAGCGUGCUUACAGACGUUACCGCUUACGGCAAAAUGUCAAAAAUAUAUCAAGUAUAUACAUAAAAGAUGGAAACCGAGAUGAUGAUUUGCCCAAUAAAGAAGAUAAGGUUUUUGAUAACGUUAAUGAGAACUCCAGUCCAGAAAAAACAGAUGCAACCCCAUCCACUGUCUCUCCACCUUCAUAUGAUAGUGUAACAAAGCCAGACAAAGAGAAAUAUGAAAAAGACAAAACAGAGAAAGAAGACAAAGGGAAAGAUGGCAAAGAAAGCAAAAAAUAGAGCUUCGUUUUUGAUAUAUUGUUUACAGCCUGUGAAGAUGAUAAAUUUGUGUUAAUAAGACUCUUUUAAGGAUGUCUAUGCCAAAACUUUUCAUCAAAAUAGUCUCAAAGUCAUUGCCGUGACUAGCUCAGAUUCCCUAAAAUAGGUGGGCAGCAUUAGCAGAUGGCUGUGUUUGCACUGGUAGAUGAUUCUGUAAGAAUUGUAAGAAUAUUCUAUAGGGGUUAUUGACUACAGCAAACAAAGGUGAUUUAAUUUUAUUUGCUUUUAAUAAAUCAGAAGACCAUGUGGAAAAUGUUCACAUCUGCCUUGUCAUCUUUUCACAGAAUGGUAAAUAUUCGUGUUUCCCAUGCAAAUACAACCGCACACAUGCAUCUAUCAUUUGGAUAUCUAUAAAAGUAUUUUACCUUGGCUUUGCAAUGAAAUGCCCUGAUACAAGGAAUGGACAUUAAUAACAAAUAUUUAGUUAAUAUAUCUUGUUAUAUUAGGGAGCAAGACUCUUCUUCAUGUACAGAAGUCAUUCUAUAUUUUGAGGUGCUUAAAUUUAUUCUAUAUCGCAACAGAACCAAUUUUCAUGUGCCUAUACAAUGCCAUGAGAUUAUAAACAUAUGUAGGCUAUUCAUUUCAAGGAAUACUUUUCAUUCAUCUUGACUCAUAGACCAACCAGGAUAAGACUUACCUGUAGAGUAUUGUGCUUCAUAGCCCAUCUUUUAAAAUACCCUUCUUUGUUCAUACAAUAACCAUACAACACGAAAAAUUAUUUUAAGUACAUAUCGCAUUCCUCAAAAGAAGAAAAAAGUGAAGAUACUGAAGAAAAGGAGGAAGUGAAGAAAACGUUAUUCACUAUUAUUUAUACAAACUAACACCGGACUGUGCUGCCUAAAAACACCAGUGAUGACCCAACUCUUCAUCUGUUUGGUCACAAUUUUCUGCUUUUUCUCAUGCAGUAUUGUCAAGUCAUUCUUUCGCACAAAGCAACAUUGAUACUUUCCUUCCGUGAAGUGAUUCCUGAUGUACAGAAACCUAUUUGAUACUGUGGUACAUGUCUGAGAAGAUAAUGACUUGGGCAAAGUAUUUACUGCACCACCUGUUUUCCAUCCUAAUGUGUGUAUGGCAGACUUCCAAGUCAUAAUAUAUGGCAGGAUUUCUUUUUUUUUUUUUAUGAAAUUUAUUGUCAAAUUGGUUUCCGUACUUUCAACACAGACUUGUGUUUAGUAUGAGUGAAAGAUCAUUCAGUGGGGAUUCUUGCCAACUUGCUUUCUUACCACUAACCUACUUUCCUAAUUUGUGCUAUUAAUCCUUUUGGACCUUUUUCUUUCACCUAUAAAAUGAGGACAAUGUCACCUUCACCUUAAAAUUCUAUGACUAUGAGGUAUAUUUUACAUCAAUCAAUAAAGUACCCUGAGCUUAUAGUUUACCAAGCACAUAUUCAUUUUGCUUUAGCUGUUGUCCUCCUACCAGGGAUUUUAAGCCUAGCUUUAAAAGGUCCUUGUUGGUAGUGGCUUAAAAAGAAAUGACCAUGAUGCAUUUUUUCAUGAGUUUAUUUUAGGAAUACGAAAUAUUUCUUCUAUCAAGUUACUUAUGCAUAGGCAAAAAUUGAGUUACAUAAGUAGGAAGUAAUUUUAUUUAGAAGAUUUUGUAGGAGUUUUCAAAGCAAAUGUACAUAUCAUUCAUUUGCUUUUCUAAAUUAAAAAGGGACAUAAAUUAUAUUUCUAUAAUAAAUACAACAUAUUUUUUGUUGCUCUGGCUAAUUAAAAAUAAAGGAGAUUUAAACAUGCCUAUAGAGAUGAAGAGUAUGGGUAGAGAAUGAUAGAAAGGAGGAGAGACUAAGAAAAAGAGACAAAAACAGAGACAUUUCCAUAGAACUUUGUAUCUUGAAUCUUUUAAAAUUGUGGUGUAUUUUACAACAUCCAUGAGGGAGGUAAUCACUUCUAGACAUUUGUCCUAAGGUACAUAUGAAAUUAAAUCUAGGGCCAAAGAUUCUACACCUACAUUCAAUCAUUCAUCUUAGGUUAUUUGAGCCUCUUUUUUAUUUAAUGUGAAAGAUACCAUGCAGUGUUUUCCUGGACUAUGUAGAGCAUUGCAUUGCAUAUCUGUUAAGCCUGUUGAAAAUAGGUUUUGACAAUUAGGGAGCCAUACAAAAUCUAUUACAUUUGUAAGGUUUUUAAUACAUUAAAUUAAGAAAUUAAUAUCAUCUUAAAUUCAGUCUACCUUCAUUAUUUUAAGCCCAUAUAAAUAUAACUGCAUUUUGCAUAUUUAUAUAUUAUGAAAAGAUAUAUGGUAGAUAGGUUUUUGUGUGAUUUACUAUUAAUGUUUUUACAUUGCCUUAUUUUUAUGUAAAGUAAAAAAUAUUGGCAACUGGUUCCUCAACAGUUUCUUCUUAGCAUUUCAAAAACAAUUUACAAAUUUCCUCUUUUCUCCUAUGUCAUGCUGAACCAAUUUCAUGCUGAACAAUAAUUUUUUUUAAUAUAACAUAGUUAGGUUUUGUAUAUAUACGUUUUCCCAGGAAUGUCUAGUUGUGACUUUUUAUCAAUUAAAAACAAUAUUUGGGAUUAAGAGCUUAUUUAGUACUGUGUAAGCUUAAAGUAAAAUUAGACUUUGCUUUUCAUGUAAGGUACUGUUUGGUACUGAUAAUGAGAUACCAACGUCCAGAAGGCACUGUCAUACUAAUAUUUAAAUCACAUAAUCACUAAAUUCAUUUUACCUAAUGAUAUAGAAUGGUAGUUACACCCUAAAAUUUAAAUUAGAACUAAAUGAAAGCAAACACAAAUGUAAAUAAAGAUUUGAACACAAAUUCAUAUGUACAAUUUGGAGAAAUUACAAUGGGAGAAUCUCAUUUUGCCUUUUUGACUGUCAUAUCUUUUGCAAAAGAUACAAGUGACUUGUGGGCUGUUUCUAGAUGCUGAUGGUUGAAAACCUCAACCUAAAAUGUUCGGCAUGAUUUUAUAGAUUUUUGAUAGCUUUAUUAAAAAGAUUUAAGAUAAAAUGCACAUGUAAAUAAAGCAGUUUUAAAUAGCAAUUUUGGAGAAAUGUCACUGUAAGUAAUGAAAAGAGGGCCAGCUAAAUUAGAAGGGGCCAAGGAAGUGGCCUGGGUUUAGGACCUAUGUAUAGAGACAUUUUUUUAAAACAUCUGUGGUUAUGAUGUAAUAUUCUUGAGGAAAAUAAUCAAGAAUUGCUUCAUAAAAAUAAAUGAAUAGCCAUGAGUAUAAUAAUACUGUUUACAUAGAAUUCUUUCACAAUUUCGUACAUCUGUGAAUGCUCAAAAUGUUUGAUUUUGUCAUACAUUAUAUUGCAGUUAUACCCAAGACUUACACAUUGUAAUAGAAUGUAAAAAUAAAAAUCAUUAACAAGA